AUGAGCUCCUCUUCGUCGGAGACAGAUGGGUCGGUAGCGGGGGCGGGAGAUAAUGGAAGGCCGGAGGAUAGAGGCGAUGAGGAAUGGGAGCAACAACAUAGUGAUGGAGGAGAGGGAAGGAUAUCAGAUAUGCUGGAGGAAGAAAUUGCUGCAAGCGCAGCUCCAGCUCGCACCGGGAAUGGGGCACAUGGCGACGGAUACGAGCAUAUGGAUGAGGCUGGGAGCGACUUUGGAGAUGUCUCCCCGGCUUACACUCCUAUAAGGAAUGGCAGCCCGGCUGAUUCAAUGAUGUCGAUCCCAGACGAUACACCUUCUGUCCAGGGCUCCGUUAUGUCCUCUUCAGAAAGCAGCGUCUUGCCAUCUAUGGCCUCUCGACAAAUGCUAGGCAGCCCCACGCCAUCCUUCAGACCAUUCGAUCGCCGAUUCUCGUCUCGUCUUGCUCCGCCAUCUGGUGUCUAUUCACCGAGAGCGUUGUCCCCGGCAUUUUACCCAUCGCAUUCGCGGCAGGUCUCGCUCAAUAGCCAGGUGCCUUUGGAUGGCGAGGAAGUCGAUACUCCCUCGCCGCCUUGGGAGGUCGUGCGUUGGACGAAGCUUAAGAAGAUGAAUGGGAAAACUUUCUCGGAGGUUGGGAAGAGGAAUUUUGGUACACCCACUUGUAUAGCUGUAUCUGCAUCUAUUGUUGUGGGGACUUCGAAGGGAAUAAUUCUGGUCUUCGACUAUCACCAAAACUUGAAAUCGAUCAUCGGACAAGGCACGAAAGCUGUGGAGUCUGGCGCUAUUAGCUCUAUAGCCAUAUCUGCCGACCAUUCCACCGUUGCUGGGGGGCAUGUCAAUGGAGAUAUAUUCACGUGGGAAAUAGCCAAAGCUUCUCGUCCGUUUCUGCAUAUCCCAGCAGUAGAAGUGUCGACAUUACACGCCCGAAGUCUCGACGGUCACGUUCCGAACGUCGCAAUCACCCACCUGGGGUUUCUAGGCACGAGACAUACGGCUAUCGUCUCAGCUGACGAUCGUGGGAUGGCAUUUUCGCAUCUUGCAACUCGAGGGACUGGUUCUGUAGGCCGCCGCGUAAAAACCACUCGGAUACUUGGCAGAUAUCCCAACGACUCUGCCAUGACGGGGAAGUCGCGGAAACCCAGCACUGUUCUGGCGUUUGCGUCUCUACCACUAGGUAAUGUGGAGCGCGUGACAGAUACGCUGGGGCUGACAGCUAUGUUAACGCCGUAUUUACUGGUUAUUGUUUCGACAACACCAGUUGCGGAAACUCAGCAUAAAGCUGCUCGGCCGAAAGAAAUCGCGGCUCACGGGGCCAUGAGUGGUUGCUUAGCAUGGUUCCCAGCUGUGAAGCUGAAAGUGAAAGACCCAGAAACUGGCGACACAGUGUCGAAGGUUAAACUGGUGUACUGCUGGUCUAAUGUCCUCACCAUCAUGGAUGUUGAAGAAUUCGAAGCGAAGGGCGAUAAACAGCCCAGCUUAAAUUUCAGAGCUCGAAGUCGCUGGAAGUCUGAUGAAGCAAUUGUUGCCGUCCAAUGGCUUAGCCGGUCGGUUUUGGCUGUUCUGACGAUAACCCAACGACUCAUUAUCCUGGAAGACCACACAAUGAGGAUGACCGAAGCAUUUGAUCUCCUUUACAAACAUAUUUAUCAUAAGGAUCUAUUUUCGGACCAGCUGCACAGUCUAGUUGAACAAUUAGACGAGGAUGAUUCAUCAAUGCACGGUGUGGUGGCAGAUGCGUUCUAUAUGAGCCUCAGAGCUUAUAAGGGCCGGAUGUUCCUUCUCGGCUUUAAUGACAUCUCGAUAGGAGCAGUAUCAAACUGGGCCGAUCGGCUGAUCGCCCUGAUGGAAAAUGGCGACUACAUUGGCGCGAUCAACCUGGCAACCUCUUAUUUCACAGGUGAUGCGGAUAAGCUUACCAUUGGCUUACCCGAGGACAGUGGAUUGAGACAUUCCAUUGUACGGGAUAAGCUCCUGGAGAUUAUGACCGCUUCUCUGAAAUUCGCUUUUGGGAGUAGUAAGACGUCGACCAGAAGAAGCGAAAGAGAGACGGAAUUAAAAGAACUCGCACAUGCUUGCUUUGCGGCUUCACUAGCCAUUGACGAUACAGACUAUCUUUUCGAUGAUGUAUAUGAAUGGUACGAACAUGGCGACUUCCUUGGAGUAUUUCUGGAGACUCUCGAGCCCUACAUAUUGGAAGAGGAGAUAACUUCGGUUCCGCCGAUUGUCGUAAAGUCUCUGGUCUCGCAUUUCGUCUCAGAGGGACUGGAAAGCCGAUUGGAAGAGAUACUGUGCCGCAUGGAGACUGCGACGUUCGAUAUAGAUCAAAUUACGGCACUGUGCAAACAGAACAACCUCUACGAUGCCUUGAUAUAUAUCUGGACCCAGGCUCUCGAUGACUAUAUCGCACCGUUAGUCUACCUAUUAAAAUUGCUAGUACCGCUAGUCCAGGAUGGUGGCCAUCUGGCGAACGGCGAGCUGAUGGACGAUCCCAAUGCGUUGAAAAUGUUCCCAUACAUGUCAUAUACCCUCACCGGGCGUGUGUAUCCUACGGGCCAGCCACUCACAGACGAACAGGCCCAAAAAGCAAAAUCGGAGAUCUACUGGUUUCUGUUCUCAGGGAACACAAUCACCUGGCCAGUUGGGAGCUCCAAGCCUUUCCUCACGAUGCCACAUGCGGAUGACGAGCCGUCGUUCCCCUAUCUUCGCAUGAUCUUGAAAUAUGACGCGCCCAGCCUAUUGAGUUCGCUGAACGAGGCAUUUGAGGACCCAUUUCUUAAUGACACGCAUGAUGAGGCUGAUCCAGCAGAAGCCGAUCCCGAUAUGCGCGAGGAGCAACUCUUUGGGCAAUCCGUUAAUCGCCAAUACAUUAUCAGCAUAUUGCUUGAGGUGAUGAAUCGAACGGACUUUGCUCCGGAGGAUACCAUAUACCUGGAUAUGUUCAUUGCGAGGAAUCUUCCGAAAUUCCCCCAGUACCUACUACUCUCAGGGUCGUCACUCCACAAACUCCUCACUGGGCUUUGCAACUAUCCCGGCGAUGAUAUAGCUGAUGAUGCUCAGCUGAGUGCCGAGUAUCUGCUAUCUAUUUAUCACCCAACAGAUAUCCAGUCUCUAAUACCCCUGUUUCGAAAAGCCAAAUUCUUCAGGGCGCUGAAGAAUGUAUACAAAUCCGCCAAGCAAUAUGGGCAACUUCUGCAAACAUAUUUCGAAGAUCCGGAGGAUCAAGAAUCGGUGUUUGAUGUUAUUGGCGACUGUCUGAGGGCUCACGGUGGCCCCAGCCCGAAGCAAAUCGAUGAUAUACACAGUGUUAUUCGAAGCCAUGCGAGAGACCUCGUGGCUAUCGAUGCCGUGAAGUCAGCACAAACAGUGGCGGAAUAUUGCCCAGAACUUCAUCAGGACAUCUUGGAGGCGCUGUCAGAAGAUCUGGAACACGAAUACCGGUAUCUCCAAGCCAUUCUCGAGCCCGAAAAGGUUGGAAGCCCUGAGGCUAAGCCAUUGCACGAUAAAUUAUUCAUCGAAAGAUAUGUCCUGCUCAUGUGUAGCUUUGAUGCGCUACAUGUGGCGGGGUAUGUGGAAGCUAUCCAAACAUCGGAUCUUCGCCUGGAUAAAGUCCUCCCAGCCAUGGAAGAUGGCGGCGUUGUUGAUGCUGCGGUAAUAUUAAUGGCUCGCGAGGGCCUCAUUGGGGACGCAAUGGAGAGACUGACUGAGCAUCUUGGCAAACUCGAAGGUGCACUUACAGGCCUACUGCAAUCGAACGACCAAGAUAUGCACCCGGACAAUCUCGAAGAGGCAGCAGAAGUUCUUCUUGAAUCGCUCCAGAAAUACACAGGUGUGGGGAUUUGGCUUUGUAAAAAGAACAGCAAAUCUUCAUCUGGUAAGGAAGUAAACGGGACGCAACGGAGAAAGUCAGCCGUUAAUACUGAGCUUAACUCUCAAGAAUCGCUCUGGCUCGAAUUAAUCGACGCAGUAGUGCAAAUCACCAAGAACAUAUCUUCCUCUCUGUUAAAUCUGGACGGGUUUCAAGCGACAAAUCUCGAUGGCGGGAAACUUCUCUUCAGCUUGCGCUCCCUGGUGCAAAGCACAUUUACAGCUCUUCUCACGGCUACGUCUGGCCCCUCUGGAGGCAACAUAUCGUUCCUCCGUAUCCUCCGCGCCUUCCUCACAAGAGCAUCCGUCUCAUCCCCCACCAUUACGGAUCUCCGAGCUGUAUUGACCUCUAUAUUCUCUGCAUACGCAUACGAAGAGAGCAUCCUUGGUCUUGCCAAUAGGCUACUCGACAAAGAUCUUUUCGUCAACGUUGAUUCUGCAUCCCACUUGCGCAAACGGGGGUGGAGGCCUCGCGGAUCAGUGUGCGAAGGAUGCCAUCGCCGAACCUGGGGCCCCGGCGUAGCUGGCGAUGUAUUGGGGCGGUGGGAAGGGAAGCAGGCUGCGGAGACCAUCAAGCGGGAGAAGCGGUGGUUACUGAAGUCUGGAGGAGGGGUUCGCGGGAAGGAGAGGGCGAAAUCACAGGUUGAGGCGAUGAGUAAUAUGGAUGGUAAAAAACCCAAGGGUUUUGACGGACAUGAGGAUGAUGAAGAUCGUGGGGAUGAUUUUAAUGGCCCGGUUGCAAGCAAGGCGUCGGAUUUGGGUCCGCUUAUUGUGUUUGCGUGCAGGCACUUGUACCAUCGGCAGUGUCUCGAAGCUGCACUUGCAAAGAAGGCGGAAGGGACUUGGAGAGAGCCUGUACAUGAUGGGAGGGAGUUUAGAUGUCCAAUAGAUGGAUAG